CUGUACUGAAGGUUCAUGCGAGUGCUAAUAAAAGCAACUUUUUCGAUAAUAAAAUUUGUUCAUCGAUUGAAUGCGGAAAUUGACUUUGCUGGCGGAAGUUUCGACUGACGUAGUGAAUGUGGAAGCGUACUUCCAUUUUCUCGUUCCUUUCGGCCAACAUCGAGCACGUGUUUAGUUACCGGUCGCGUUGAGCUGGAUUUUUUCGCCCAGGAUUCGACACAAGAUUUUACGGAAAUUAGUUCUUUUGUGUAGUUAGCUAGGUUUACCUGAAUCUCGCACAAAAUGAAUCCUGAGAAGUUGAAGAAGUUGCAAGCUCAAGUGCGAAUCGGUGGGAAGGGAACACCCCGUCGCAAGAAGAAGGUCGUGCACGCAACUGCGGCUACAGACGAUAAAAAGCUACAGAGUUGUCUGAAAAAGCUCUCAGUCAACACCAUUCCUGGAAUUGAAGAAGUAAAUAUGAUCAAGGAUGACGGUACCGUCAUUCAUUUCAACAACCCUAAAGCUCAAGCUAGUCUUGCGGCCAAUACUUUUGCCAUUACUGGACACGGAGAGAAUAAACAAAUCACCGAAAUGUUACCUGGAAUUUUGAGUCAACUUGGACCUGAAGGUUUAACUCAACUGAAGCGAUUGGCGAGUUCCGUUGCCGGAAGUGGAGUUGGCAAAGCGUCCCUAGAAGAAGACGACGAAGUGCCCGAUCUCGUAGAGAAUUUCGACGAGGCCAGUAAAGAGGAGGUGGCAUUAAAGAAAGAAGUGGAAGAAAUCCUCGUUGAGAAACCUGCAGAAGAGAAAUCUGAAUCAUCGGUGGUAAUCACAGAAGAAAAGAAAGACGCACCUCUGGCCAAGGUUGAAGUCUAAUGAAGCGAUGAGUGUGUAUACGGUAUGACUUACGAUUUUUAUUGAAGUUAAACAAUAUCAAUAACAAGCUAUUCAAGAGUGACUGCAUAUAAACAUCAGUGGACAUAAUUUUUACCCCAAGCCGCCGAACCACGCUCUUUCCAAUUCCCGACUCUCUUUUAAUUUUUGUCCCUUUGUCGCGCAUUUGUGGAAGACAGUGCGCUAAUAAUAGAUAAUGAAGGUGUUACACGCGCAUACUAUAUAGAUUGUAACACUGUUAUAAAAGCAGGUUGAAUAAGAAAAUAAUGGCAUCUCAUAGAAGAGUCAAGUGCAUUUGAUUUUCAAUUAUAUUUAUCAAAACUAUUGUUACUAUGUGUAUAUCGAAUAAUCUUUUUUUUUCUCUUUUUAGUAAUAACAAUGAAAAAAGUAGAUAAACUCA